CGACGCCGUACUACCAAGGAGCAAUAUCAUACAUUAGAAGCAAGCUAUAUGGAAAACCCUAAACCUACAUCCAAUACCCGUAGAAAGUUGUCUUCUCAAUUAAACAUGACGACUCGUGGUGUUCAAGUUUGGUUUCAAAACCGCAGAGCAAAAAGUAAA